UUCAAGAAAACUGCUAGAUUAGAUAAAAACCUGUUAUUGAGAUAACAUGUAUUAUACUGGGUAGCAAUCUCUUCAAGUCAAUGUUUGUUGUUUACAUCUCUGAAAUAAGUGAUAAUGGGAUUAGUUUUGGAAGAUCCAAUUUUGGAAAUAGUUUCUGGUGUACUGCUCUUGUUCUGCAUCUGUUAUUGGUACAUCACGACAAGCUACGAUUACUGGAACAAAAGAGGAGUCCCAUUCAUCAAACCUGAAUUUCCUUUUGGUUCUAUAAAGGAUGUGAUACUUGCAAAAAAUGUUGCUGGCAAAGUCCACGAAAAAUUCUACAAACAGUUUCCAAAUGAGCGCUUUUAUGGCAUAAUGGAGUUUCUAACACCUACACUGGUAUUGAGGGACCCAGACUUGAUCAAGGUGGUCAUGGUAAAAGACUUCCAGUAUUUCACAGACAGAGGGACAGUGAUUGGCAACCGCACAGAAUACAUUAUGAAGCAUUUAGUAAAUUUAGUCGGGCAAGAAUGGAAAGAUAUGAGGGCGAAACUAACACCAACUUUCACCUCAGGCAAAAUCAAACUCAUGUUUGCCUUGAUGGAGAAAUGUAGUGAACAGUUGCAUGUUCUGCUCAUGGAUGAAAUUAAACAAGGAAAAAUAGUUGACGUGAAGAAUGUUCUUUCCAAAUUCACAAUGGAUGUUAUUGCCUCUUGUGCCUUUGGAGUGGACACAAACGCUCUAACGAAGGAAGGUGAGACCUUCUUUGGAGUCGUUAAGGGUCCUGCGUUUAAAUCGAUGAAAUUCAAGAUCGUUCGAAUUUUAUCUCUGGCUUUUCCUUCCCUGAUUGAUUUUCUUCGUCUCAACAAGGUUCGACCUGAGUUGAGGGAUUUCUUGACCAACAUGGUUCGCGAUUCUGUGGAGUAUAGACGAAAGAACAAUAUCAAGAGGAAUGAUUUCGUAGAUCUCCUAAUGAAUAUCAAGUACACAAAAGGUAGUUGGGAAGAAAAUGGAGAUGUGAAUUCUAAAUCCGAUGACAAAAUCUCUGGUGCACUGACUAUAGAGGAGAUGACAGCACAAAGCUUUGUCUUCUUUCUGGCAGGAUUUGAAACAGCUUCUUCACUGAUGGCUUUCUGCCUUUACGAGUUGGCAUGUCACUCUGAAAUCCAGGAGCGACUUUACCAGGAGAUUCAGGAGGCGAUGGAGAGAAAUGAAGGCAAAAUCACAUAUCAAAUGAUGAUGGAGAUCCCGUUUUUGGAUCAAGUUAUCAACGAAACUCUUCGUCUGUAUGGCACAGCCCAAAAUCUGAACCGACGAUGCACUCAACCAUACAAAAUACCAGACUCGGACCUCAUCGUGGAGAAAGGGAUGAAGGUCACCAUCCCUCUAUAUGCCCUUCACCACGACCCUCAAUACUACCCAGACCCUUACGAGUUUAAGCCUGAGCGAUUCACACCUGAGGAAACUAAAAAUAGGCACCCAUUUGUGUUUUUACCCUUUGGAGAAGGGCCGCGAAACUGUAUUGGAAUGCGCUUUGGGCUACUACAAGCCAAGAUGGGCUUGACUACUGUGGUCCUGAACUUUCAAGUGGAACUUUCACCUGGACAGGAAGUUCCACUAACAUUCAACAACCAAGCUCUAGUCUUGACACCAGCAAAUCCGAUAUUGUUGAAGUUCAGCCACAGAAAAAACAUUUGACACAAAUUAAUAAUUGUGUAAAUAUAUAUAAAACUAAUUACAUAACCUUUUUGUUUUCCUUUCCAGGUAUCUACAAAGUUAACGUUCAUGGAACUGUUCAAAUAUUUUACCAUUCAUAGUUUUUAGAAUUUAGUUGAAAUACUUUUAGAAAUUUCUAUAUGUCUAUUAUCUUCUUCUUUUAAAUUUACUCACAUCAGUUAAGAAAUCAUUCAUUCCAUUCAUGAAAGAUUUCCUUUGUAAAGCCUCAAUACGCUCUCUGUCUGAUAUUGGCCCUUAUCCCAGACAACAGAGACAUUCAAGACGGCUUUAGAACAAGGAUAAUAUGCAAAGCACAUAUAAGAUUCUUUGUUACUGAAAAAUCAGGCCAUCAACUUAAAAAAACCCUUGUUUCUCCUAGCUUUCAUAAUGACACUACUUACACAUUCAGAAAAGAUCGGCUUAAACCGUAGUAAGCAUUUUGUGAAUGGUAGUUUAGCUCCAGUUUACCUUACUCUUACGUCUGAAAUCUGACACUGUCUCAGACUUGACUCCUAGAAUCUAGAGUCAUGUUCGUCUGAAGAGAUCUUAGAAAAAGUCAUGAAGCUGUCACAGAUUCCAGACGCUCCACUAAGAGGAACUUGAGCUAAACUCGACAUUCAUAUUGAAUCCAACUCAGUUGCUCCACUUUAAUAAACACUUUUAACGGUUACUUUAGUUACACACCUGAGGUAAAUAUCAAACUGUAAAUCACUAAACAAACUUGAUUCUUUGUAUCACUGAACAAUGGCAAAUGUAAAUCUUUAUACAGAUUUGUAAUGUAUCACAAAACAACUGAUCUAGUAAUAUUUGUAAUUUAUAGUUUACAAUUAUCCAGCAAUACAGUCAGAGAUGAAAAAAUUAAAGCCAGAGACAUUUUUGUCAGGAAUGCGGUGAUUUUCAAUGCUGUCAUACUGGUCACUCAUGUUAAUGGAAUUCAAGGACUAAUUCAGAUUAGAGGAAAUAAGAAGAUCUGACGCUGUCACAGAAUUGACUCCUGAAAACUGAAGUCAUGUUCGUCUGAAGAAAUCCAAAUAAAGUCAUAACGCUGUCACAUAUUCCACACGCUGCACUAAGAGGAAGGUGAACUGGAGCUAAACUCAACAUUCAUUUCAAGAAUCUCAAGAUAAUUUACUCUGUCAUAGCUCAAAUGCCAUUUUCACAAUGCAUAGAUAUUUACCUCAGUGAUUAUUAGUGUAGAUUGAACACUGUUGUCAAUACUAGUACAUUUAGUUAUCAAAUUAAAGCCCCUGAAGUUGGAUACACAGAACUGCACAAAGCUACAGAAAAAAGUCACCUACAGUAUGACAAAUAGAAAGAGCAGGAAGGCGAAGCAUCUUUUUCACAUCUACCCAACUAGCUCUGGCAUUUCCACAGUUUCAAACCAUCACUAAAUACAUUUUAAUUAUAAAGCCUCGAUUGCUACAUGGUCUCUCACCUAGGCUACAGUAGUAAGCUCAAAGUUACUUCAUACUAAUCAUCUUUAAUAUGUUAGGCACUAUCUGUUUAUAAAUUACUCGCUUAAAUGGACAGAGUGUGUUUCUCUCACUUAUUUCUAUUUGGAGAUAAUUUCUUGUUACUACAGUAUCCCAUUUAGUUUCUUUCUGUUGGAAACUAUUCAAGCAACUAAAAUAAAACCUCUGUAGCACAUCUGCUCUAACUAUAUCAAACCAAUUAAAUGCUCUUGGGCAAAAAGUGAA